UUGAGCAUUAUGGCUACAUCAGGCAACGCCCUGCUCUGUUUCUUCCUUUUCCUCCUCCCUCUCUCCAUUAACGCCGCCACCUUCCAAAUCGUCAACAGAUGUUCCAUCACCGUCUGGGCCGCGUGGGUUUCCACCGGCCCCCGGACAGGCGGCGGUAACCAGCUCAGCCCCGGCCAGUCCUGGACAAUCAACGUCAACGCCAGCACCACCGGCGGCCGCAUUUGGGCCCGCACCGGCUGCUCCUUCGACAGCAGCGGCCGAGGCAGCUGCCAGACCGGCGACUGCGGCGGGGUGCUUCAGUGCCAGGACUACGGCCGGCCGCCCAAUACCCUCGCCGAGUUCGCCCUAAACCAGUUCAACAACCUGGACUUCUUCGGCAUCUCCCUCGUGGAAGGCUACAACGUGGGGCUAGACUUCAGCCCCACCACGGGCGGAUGCCGAGGGGUCCGUUGCUCGGCCAACAUCGUGGGGGAGUGCCCGGCGCCGCUGAGGGUCCCGGGGGGCUGCAACAGUCCUUGCGCCAUGUUCGGGACGCCGGAGUACUGCUGCACCAAUGGGCCGUGCAGGCCCACCAUUUGGGAUUUCUUUAAGAGGCGGUGCCCGGACGCCUAUACUUCCCCGCAAGAUGACCAGACCAGCACGUUCACCUGCCCCGCCGGCACCAACUACAGUGUCACCUUCUGCCCUUGAUCUAAUUCGACACGUUCCUAUAAUCAUUGAAAAUAAAACAUAGCGUGAGGUCUGAUUAGUGAUCAGAACUGUACGGAUGUACCUAUUAUCUAUCAUGAAAUAAUCAUUAGGUCGGCAUCAAUAACUCUGCUUUUCCUCUUUUCUUUUGUCAACUUAUGUCCAUUUA